AUGGCCGAGAUAGCAAUUAGCAGUUUUACAGAGGUUCCUGAGCAGCUCUAUCACACAAUCCUUCACUAUGUCGACGCCUACACCUCAGGAGCGCCUUUCACAGUCUGCCCGCUAGCAACUCAUACUGAUCUCAGCACUGCCAAGGAAUAUGCUCGGAAUGCAUUGCACGACUUGGGCUAUCAACCUGAUGACUUCGCAAAUUUUGAGCUUCGUACCGCAGUUACAGAGAAUUGGCAGCAUGGUGAUGGCACCAUAGUGUGGGCCAAAGCAGCGAACGGUACAGAGGUCAUGGUGAAUAUUGACACUACAUCUAACGACGAGAAGCUUCCCGAGGGGCUUAAUCACCAGCUUCAAUUGCCCAAUGGAUCCAGUCAUCUCCACUACGUAGUGCAAACCACCAUCGAUUUGGUCAAAGAUCGCUCCGGUAUUGCCCAGCAGAGUGAGGUCGAGGGUGUUUACGCCCGCCGCUCCGAUGCCAUUCUUGCGGCAAAACGACAGCUUGCCGAGCUCUCUGAUAACAAUGACUUUGCUCAAUACGAAGAACGCAAUGACCUUGGCGGGUGCGAGGAGUGGCCCUAUGGAGAAGAUGUUGUCGUGCAUGCAAUCGCUCAAACCGGGGACAACUUCUACAUAGCUGUGAAGACGGUACCGGGAGCGCAUCGCAGGCACAAUAUGCAUCGCACGAGAAUUCUAGCAAGCAAUGGUUAUAAACGCAGUACUAUGGCUGGAGAGGAAAAGGCGCCGCAGGCACAGGGCAAGAGAGACAACGGCGAAGGGGCCGCCUAA